UUCAUGACGCUCGUGCUCGAACGCAGCUGCAUCGGCGACGAAGCCCAAGUGCCACCAACGAUGUACUACAUCCCCGUGUACAAAAGCUUGAAAGAAGCGCGUGCUGAGGUAGAGUGGGUCGUCUUCUCCGUCAUCGACGAGCUGUUGGCAAAGACUGGCGUCAAGCCUGACACCCUCGGCAUACUCGUCAUCAACUGCAGUGUUUUCGCGCCGGUGCCGUCCAUAAGCGACAUGAUCGUAAACAAAUACAAGCUCCGCGGUGACAUCCGCGCUGUAAACCUGUCUGGGAUGGGGUGUAGCGCGGGUGUGACAGCGGUGGGGCUGGCGACCAAACUACUGCAGGCGACGCGGCCCCGUGGUGCGCACUACGCUCUGGUCGUGUCUACAGAAACAAUCACCUCCAACUUCUACGAGGGUAAGGAGAGGCCCAUGCAGGUCACCAACGCUUUGUUCCGUGUGGGCGGCGCCGCUCUGCUCCUGUCCACGUCCAAGGAAAAGGCGCGGUUCCGUCUGGCGCACCUUGUGCGAACCAUCACCGCCGGCGCAAGUGACCGCUCCUACUCAUGUAUCUUCCAAGAGGAAGAUGGCGAGGGCAAAAUAGGGGUUAACCUAUCCAAGGACCUCCCGGCCGUCGCCGCCGAUGCGCUCAGAACAAACAUGACGACCAUCGGGCUCCUUGUCCUCCCACUCUCCGAGCAGCUGCUGUUUGCGGUACGGUUCUUAGGGUACAAGCUGCCGAUGUCCGGGUGGCGGCCGUCCGUCAAACCGCUCGUUCCGGACUUCCGCAAGGCGUUCCAUCACUUUUGCAUCCACGCCGGGGGUCCGUCGGUGAUUGACAGUGUCCAACGUAGGCUUGGACUGUCGCACGAGGAUGUGGAGCCGUCGCGCAUGACCCUUCACCGGUUUGGGAACACAUCAAGCAGCUCGGUCUUUUACGAGAUGGCCUACAUUGAGGCCAAGGGUCGGAUGUCCAAGGGCGAUCGCGUUUGGAUGAUUGGUUUUGGAUCCGGGUUCCACUGCGUCAGUGCUGUCUGGGAGUGCAUUCGACCAGCAGACGAGCCGGACAAAGCAUGGGCUGGGUGCAUACGCCAGUACCCGGUCGGCGACCAUUCCAGGGCGCCCAAUUUGCCGAAAAAUUGAGACAUGCUGUAUGCUAUGACCCCAUCCGGUGCCUAGCUAGUACUACUACGUGUGUGUGUGUGGAUAAGCAGAGGGUAUGUCUAAGCGGCCACCGGCCCGCCAUUCGGACGUACGAGUCCCUGAAUAAA